AUGACCCCAGAUAUGCCGUUGGAAGUGGAAGCGGUGGCCGGAGAUUCGCCCAUGUCGGCGGUGCUGUGGAUUUUUGCAUGCAUAAUCAGCGUCGGGAUCCUGUUGAACCUCUACGUGAUCGGCCGGCUCAGCAAGCUGGCCAGGAAAGAUAGGGAGCAGUGGCUCCUCGGCACGGGCGUCUACCUGCACGUGAUGGCGUUCACCGAUUGCAUCUCCCUGUUCCUCCUCUUCUCCCAGCUGUUCCUCCAGGCGAUGCCUCGCUACCUCCAGGCCCCCCUCCUCAGCGGCAUGUGCAAGAUGGUGAUCAUGUCUUCCCACUUGUCGUAUACGAUGUCGAUGUACUGCUGGUUGUGCAUGAGCGCGUUGCGGUACCACGCGGCCCGAGAUCCACUACGGUAUUCUACGGUAUGGCGAUCCCCAUUCCCUCUACUUCUUGUUGUUGGUGGAAUGUCGAUAAUCCUGAAUUUGCACGUCUUCUUCUCCGUCGACGCCGACAACGAGCGCGGAUGCAAGAUGAUUGAUGAUGGUCUCUCCCGUCUCUACUCCCUCGUCGACGUCUUCGCCUCGUGCAUGGUGCCCUCAAUCCUGAUCCUUCUGAUGGACAUUCGUGUCCUCUGCUGUCGUGAUGCUCGUCGGCCAUCUGACCCGAUGCUGCUCAUCGUCAUGAACCGACCCGAUGAGGAGACCGAGAAGAAGCGCCUAGCCACGAUGCGUCGUUUUAUGGUCGUCACCCUAGUGUGUCUACUUCUCUCUGGACCAGAAUUGACACUUCGUGCUCUUCUCUCGGUCCACCCUAACCUCGAGAUCCCGCUCUACGUCGUGUGCGCCUCGAAGACGCUGUACUUCAUCAAGUUCUCGUUCAACGCCUUCUACCUGACCUCGUACGUCUUCGAUCGGAACGUGUUGUCGAAGACGAAUUCUUCACGACAGCUCUCCAUCUCGGUGCGUCGCCUCGAAGAGUGCCCAGCCAUCACUCCCCGAGAUCGUGCUCACACAAUGAGCUACCGUGCCACCACCCCGGUUCCGAUGAUGACCCGAAAUUCGUCGUGCAUCGACUUGGCUUCGAACUGCGAGACCCCUCACAGCCCUCGCCAAUGGCUG